CUCGGAUUGCGCUGGACUGGGAUGUGGAUCCCUUUGUCGAAGUGAAGGACCUGGAGAUAACCCUAAACAACGAGGUAUCUGGUCUCUGUGCAUAUCAGAUCAGGGUUAGGGCUCAACCCCAGAGACACCCUUCCAUCAACAGAUAUCCCCAUAAACACAGAUCAGGGGUCAAUCAUAGAGAAAGAACCAUGUCCUGACAAGAGACAUUGCAGGUGCUCUCGAUAUCAACUCAUAAGUUUCUUAGCCAGCAUCACGGGGCAAUUCAGUCCCGUCUUUUAAGUGUCUUCAGCAGGACCCGCUCCGGAGUCGGCGUUUGCAAACCCAACCCAACUUUCAUGUUCCACACACCUUGAUGACUCCUUGGGUGACUCUUCAACACCACAGCGGGACGUAUUAAACAGAAUUCAAUCGGCCCACACAAUCAACAAACAACCUAAUCCCCUGAGUUGUCCACCACAUUGCCCGCCAUGCCGGCCUUCAACCUCGACACCUGUGCGCGGCCCAACAUCCUUGCCUUGGAGCCUUAUCGCUGUGCUCGGGACGACUACAAAGAUGACGGCACCAACAUCCUUCUCGACGCAAAUGAAAAUGCCUACGGUCCAUCCCUCUUGAACAGCACCGCCAUCCCCGCCAACCAAGGGCCCUCCCUCGACCUUACCACCCUGCACCGCUACCCAGACCCCCACCAGGAGCCCCUCAAACAGCUCCUCUGCACCCUUCGCACCACCCACGCCCACACGCCAAAGACCCUCACCCCCGCCAACCUGUUCGUCGGCGUCGGCUCCGACGAGGCCAUCGACGCCCUCCUGCGCUGCUUCUGCGUGCCGGGCCGCGACAAGAUCCUCGUCUGCCCGCCCACCUACGGCAUGUACUCUGUCUCAGCACAGGUCAACGACGUGGGGCUAGUCAAAGUGCCUCUGCUCCCGGCGCCCGAGUUUGGGAUCGACGUCCCCGCCGUGACGGCGGCGCUCUCCUCGCCCGAAUCCGACCGCGUCAAGCUGGUUUACCUCUGCUCGCCCGGCAACCCGACCGGCUCGCUGCUGCGCAAGGACGACAUCCGCGCCGUUCUGGAGCACUCGACCUGGAACGGCGUCGUGGUGGUGGACGAGGCCUACAUUGACUUCUCGCCCGCUGAGGCGAGCCUGGCCGAGUGGGUCGCCGAGUGGCCGAACCUGGUGGUGAUACAGACGCUGAGCAAGGCGUUCGGGCUGGCGGGCAUCCGGCUGGGCGCGGCGUUUACCUCGCCCGCCAUCGCGCGGCUGCUCAACAGCCUGAAGGCGCCGUACAACAUCUCGAGCCUGACGGCGGGCAUCGCCGAGUUUGCGCUUUCUGAGGGCGGAGGGCUGGCCAAGAUGAGGGAGAACCGGGCAAAGCUGAUUGCCCAGCGGGAGAGGUUGGUCAGGGAGAUGCCCAUGAUCCCCGGGAUCGGCAGGUUGAGGGGCGGGGAGGAUAGUAAUUUCCUGUUGUAUGAGAUGCUGGAUAAGGAGGGGAAGCCGGAUAACGUUACGGCGCUGGCUGUGUAUGAGAAGUUGGCUGAGACGAAGGGUGUGGUCGUCCGCUUCAGGGGUAAGGAGCAUGGCUGUUUGGGCUGCUUGAGGAUCACGGUCGGCACCGAAGACGAGGUGACGAGAUUUUUGGCUUCACUGGAGCGGACGUUGGCUGAAGUCAGGGGGACCGCCCCGGCUGCUGAUGAGGAGCAAAAGGAGGUAGCGGCGAGCAGCAUCGUUGCUUAAGGGCAGAUAGAGAAACAAAUAGACACUGCUUAAGAUACGAGGUAGUCAGGAACCUACAUUUUAUGGG